AUGUGGUGGUCCGACCCCGCCAAGGAGGUCCUGAACAUCGUGUUCAACCGCGUCCUCGCUCCAUAUGUCGAGAACUUGGACAUGGGCCAAGUUAACUAUGGAAUUGGACAAGGUCGCGUUACACUCAGCAACCUUCGGUUGAAGAAGGGUGCUCUGGACAAAUUUCGGUUGCCCGUGGAUGUAAUUGAAGGGCACCUCGGGAAGUUCACGCUGUCCCUGCAUUGGAUGAAUCUAGGAAACCAGCCGGUGGAGGUUCUCGUCGAAGACGUGUACCUCCUCGUGGUACCUUCAGCCGAGUCUACAUACAAUCCUGCCGAAGAAGAGUCGAGGAAGCAAGCUGCGAAGAUGGAGCGGAUAGAGAACGCUGAACUGCUGCAUGUCCGGGGAAAGUCGGAUGUCUCGCAAGACUCGCAACAGUCCGAGGGGCUGAUCUCGUCGCUCAUUACGAAGAUUAUAAACAACCUGCAGGUGUCCGUGAAGAACAUCCACAUUCGAUAUGAGGACAAGAUGAGCGUUCCGGGGCAUCCUUUUGCCGCCGGUGCUACUUUGGCAGGGUUCACUGCCGCUUCGGUCAAUGAGAAAUGGCAACCAGCGUUCAUAGACAGCAAAGCUGGUACCAUUCACAAAUUGUCGAAGCUGGAAUCUCUGGCGGUCUACUUCGACACCGACGCAGAGAGCAUGGCCGGACUGUCGCACGCGGAGUUCAUCAAGAAGUUCACGGAACAAGUGUAUCAUCAAUACAUACUCAAGCCCGUCACCGGGGAGGGCAGAAUUACAAUGAACCGCACGCUCGACAAGGAAACACCUAAAUUCGACGUUCAGUUGCUCUUCGAUGAGAUCGGUGUCAUAUUAGAUGACAACCAGUAUCGGGACGCGAUCUCGUUGGUCGACAUGUACCAUUUCUAUAUGCGGCAGCACCAAUAUCAGAAGUAUCGCCCCCCCGCGGAUGAGCUGAACAAGAACCGUCCGAGAGCGCUAUUGCAAUUUGCUGGCAAGGCUAUUCUCGACGAGGUACAGGAGCGAAGAAGACGAUGGACUUGGGUAUAUUUUGCCGAGCGGCGUGAUGAACGACAUCGUUACGUUGAGCUGUUCAAGAAGCGGCAGAACAAUACCCUCGUCGACGGGGAGACACGGGAGCUGGAUGCACUCGAGAAGAAGCUGUCGUACGAAGACAUCCGGUUCUACCGGUCCAUUGCGCGUUCGCAGCUUCGGAAGGACAUGGCCUCGAGGCGGAAGAUCGAGGAAGAGAAGAAGCAGCAAGCACCAGCGCAAACCAGCUGGUCAAGCUGGAUCUGGGGCUCCUCGGGCUCGAGCUCGGGCGGGACUGCAGAAGCUCCGGCCGAGGAUUCCGCAUUUACUGGUGAGAUGACGGAGGAGCAGCGAAAGCAGCUCUACGAGGCCCUGGACUAUGACGAGAAGACGGCUGUGGCCGAAUCCUUCGAGACCCCACGAGACGCUCUGAAGGCCCGCGUCCUUGCGCAGCUGAACCGGGGUUCUUUCGCUCUCAAGAGGGACCCGCAUGGCGCGAAUACGGAGAUCAUCUCCAUAGUCUCUGACGUGUUUCAGGCGACGUUUGUUCAGCGGCCGGACAACUUUGAGACAUCUGUUUCCUUGAGCGGAUUCGCUGUGUACGAUGGAACGUCGAAGGACACGCUGUACAAGCAGAUCGUGCAUGUACAGGAGCGACGAAACAACGGCAGUGGCGUUGUGAAGACUCAGGUCGUCGAAGGCGCAGGCGAGAUCACGGACAUGGUUGAUCCGUUCUUUUACUUGAAAUUCGAGAACAAUCCCCUUGAUGAGCGGGCGGACAACGCGUUGGAGGUCAAGAUGCGUUACAUGGAGAUUGUGUACCAUAGAGGCUAUGUGGAGGCUAUCUACAGGUUCUUCAAACCCCCUGCGAGCCAACUUGAGUCCGUUGAAGCACUUUUGGAUGUAGCAAGUCAGACGCUCGAGGGUCUGCGCAAGGAGACGCGUGCUGGGCUUGAGUAUGCGCUGCAGACCCACAAGACGGUCGACGUCCAUAUGGACCUGAAUGCGCCAAUCAUCAUUGUCCCGAAGAGUACCAUUACGACGAACAAGUGCAGGCACCUGCUGGUCGACGCCGGCCACAUCUCUGUCGAUUAUCAGCGCCUGGAAUCUAUGAUGUACGACAAGCUGUCCGUGAGACUGAAGGAUGCACAGUUUCUACUUGGCAAUGACCUGCAAUCGUGUAUGGAUGCGCUGUCAUCUGAGCGCAGCGAUCAACUACACUUACUGGAGCGCAUCACUCUCGAUUUGCAAGUGCAGAAUUCCAUUGUGCCGACCGCGUAUAAUCUGGCACGGUUCAAGAUCUCUGGACACCUGCCGAGCUUGCAGGUCAACCUCUCAGACACCAAGUACAAGUCCCUCAUGCGCCUGGUUGACGUAUCGGUGCCACACUUCGACGACAAUGAGAGUACUACGAGUCACCCCACUGUAUCCAGCGGCGAAUACCUUAAGCUUCCGUCGGGCUUCUUCGGCGCAUCUGAGGAAGCGGAGUAUAACGUGGACGAUGACGAACAUGAAGAUCAUGACGAGGAAUUCUUCGAUGCCGCUGCUGGCGUACCUACCAAUCCCGCACUGCAUCAACACGUCGUGGAAUUCGACUUCACCGUGGAUGUCCUCAGAGCUUGUCUUUCGAGGUCUGGCGCGGAUGGCGCCGAGAAAGCGAUGGGAGACGUGAGCUUUUCCCAGUUCGGAUUGGUCUUCUCCAUGGCGAAACAUGUCAUGACUGUGGACGUCCACUUGAGCUCUAUAUCAAUGAACGUCUUCCAGAGUGGCAAAAGCCGUUGGAGUGUAUCUCCUCGACGGGGAGGCACAGACGGCGAUCUCCUGGUGUCCCCGGAAUACGUGCCUCUGUACAGCGGUAUCGAUCAAACCGUCGAUAUCACAACGUCGACAUUCGUCUUUCGCGCUGCGCCGGAGCCUCCGUCCGAUAAGAUCAAUGUCUCAUUAAAACUGGCGAGUGUGCAGGUGUAUCUAAUCAACAAUGACGUCAAACUUGCAACGCUGUCUCUCUCCACCGCUGAUGUGUCUAUCUCGUUGCGUGCGAAUACUAUGCAUAUCGGCGGUAGACUCGGCAGUCUCGACCUACAUGACGAUUCUGAGUUGACGACAUUCUCUCCGGCGUUCAAGCAAAUACUCUCCAUCGAAGGGGACAACUUCGCCAACUUCCAGUACCAGACGUUCGAUCCGAAUGACCAGGACACCUACACUGGCAUCAAAUCAGCGUUCUAUCUCAACACAGGAUCACUGAAGCUGCAUUACCUGGAGCAACCUCUUCAUGAUAUCUAUCUGUUCAUCACCAAGUUGGCGAAGCUCAAGGGGUUGUAUGACGCUGCGGCAGAAGUAGCUGUUCAGCGAGCUUCGGAGAUUGAAAGGAUGCAGUUCGAUGUGACCAUCAAAAGUCCCAUCGUAGUUUUCCCUUUCAAUCCUGAGCGUUCCCUGGACAUGCUCACUCUCCGACUUGGAGAACUCAAUGCUCGCAACAACUAUGAGGGGUCCGCGAGUCGCAUCACCGCUAGUCUGCGCGGCGUGCAGUUGGCAUCGAAGACCUACAAUGAGAGGCACCAGUCGUCAAUCCUCAAGAUCGUUGAUGACAUUGACAUGACCGCAAAUAUCGUCCAGAGCGACGGCAUCGAUCGUGCAGCAGACCUCAAUCACCCAGAUACUCAAGUCGCCAUCAAGAUUUCGGACGUCCGCCUUCACUUGACCCAACUACAAUGCAAGCUCCUGAUUGACUUGGCGCAGUCCAUCCCGCGGGUUCUGGCUGGUGCACCAGAAGGCUCGGCGGAGGCAAGUCAAUCAUCUGCUGUUUCUGUACAGUCUCAAGAUCGGCUUGCUUCUCCGUCUCCCCCUUCGGUCGAUCUCCAACCCGAGCUUCGAGUAGUUCAGCACCCUGACGACGCGAAAGUCUGGACUGCUCUUGAUGUCUUGCUCACGAUUGGUGCUGUGAAGCUGCAUCUCUAUGACGAAGAAGCUACUACCGAGGCGAACAUCAAGGAGCACGGGAUCGCCAGAUUUGCUCUGAAUGAGAACAGUCUGAGGACAAAAGUCCUCUCCGAUGGUGCCAUCGAAGCCCAGGUCAUAUUCAAGUCCUUGACAAUGAACAACACUCGCCCUGGAAACUCCAAGUUCCGCGAAAUAAUGCCCGCUGCAGAGCACGACCGCAAUCAAGUCAUGGUUCUCUAUACCAAGUCAGGCGGCAAUGGGUCGGCUCUAGCGAUACUCACGGUCGAUUCUCCUAGGAUAAUCUUCGCUGUUGAUCCUAUCAUCGCAUUACUGGACUUCUUCACCAGUGCUAUGUCCCGCGUCACUGCUGUCGACGACGACGGCGAUGACCGGGGAGACGAGGCGGCCUCCGCGCCGUCGCAGCUAGACUUCAGACUAGAUCUCCAUGCCGCUUCUGUGAGCGUUCUGCAGAAUGACUCUGACUCAGAGACGCAAGCCAUUCGCUUGACGGUCAAGCAGGUGCAAUUAUCGCAACAGGGUAUCCUCGCUCUUAGGAUUGAUCAUCUAGGAAUGUCGCUCAUGCGCAUGGGUGCCGACGCUUCUGACAGUGUUCGGUUCAUGGACGAUGUGGACUUGACACUGUCUCUGGACAGUCGGUCUAGCUCGUCGCAACGUUCUACUAGUUUGGAUGUUUCCGUGAAACCGAUUGUGUUUCGUGCGUCAUACCGGGACUUGAAUCUGAUCACGACCAUUGUCAACAGAGCUUUGGAUCUGUACGGCCAAUCAAUACAGUCGGUGCCCAAAGACACGUCCACCACCCCACAAUCCAACUUCGGAUCCACCGAACGUCCUACAGCAUUAUCAACUCGCCGUGUGUCCAAGCAUACACGCGAAGAAUGGGACUCCGUGGGACACGCUCGCGUUGUUGUUUCCCAGGAACAGUUCCGAGGUUCGUUCGACGGCCUUCGCCUGGUCUUGAUCGGAGACCUCCACGAGCAGCCUUUACUCCAUGUCAAGGUCAAACCUUUCAUAUUGGGUGCGAAAGAUUGGUCAGGAGAGCUGCGAGCUACGUCUACUCUUGCUCUACACGUGAGCUACUGGAAUAUGACGAAUUCGCACUGGGAGCCGCUCAUUGAUCCUUGGACGUUCUCGACUUCGGUUGCUAGGAACAAUACGUCGGGUGCAUUGACCCUCAACGUCUCCGCCCGUGAACGCUUGGAUGUAAACAUCACGACGAUGUUCAUCGAGCUAGCUCUUGCGACGAUCAGAUUGCUCGGGCAAGAAGGCGACAACGUGCUUCGCAAGGCUCGAGGCAGCUACGCUCCUUAUCGAAUACACAACCGCACAGGGUCCUCCAUCUUCAUUGCGAAUGGCAAGAUAAUUGAUUGGCGAUUUGACGACUGGAAGACUAUACGCGAGCACGUCACUUCCAGCGGGAAUAACAGUAUCGGUCUGCAAUUCGUGGGCAAGCCCUGGGAACAACUUCGCAGCAUUCCCGUUGACAGAGAGGGCGAAUAUACUUUCUCCUUGAGGCCGAGGACCGACAAGUUUGCCUAUCGCUUGCUAGCUGAAGUCCGUGUGCAAGAGAAUGCAAAGGUAGUCACAUUGAGAUCGGUGUACAACGUCGCCAACGAUACGCUGUAUCCCUUGGAGUUGACACUGGUGGAUGAAUCCGGCCAACCCAUGCACCCGGUCGAGAAGAUUGCACCUGGUCAAGACUUCGCCGUCCCCAUCGAGGCUGUCAACAAAGGCAGGAUCCGUGUCCAGCCGGACCAGGGUUUUGGUUACAAAUGGUCCCCUGCUACCCGAUGGGAAGACCUGGUUUCCAAACGCAAACUGAAUCUGAAAUGUCCUCACAGUGAACCGACUGAAGCUGCAUUCCGCUUCCAAACCUGGGUAGAAACCGACGCGACCGAAAUGAGCCCUCGUCAAGCUGCGGGCCCCAUCGAGUUGGAAAAUCUGCUGCCGUACAACCUCGACUACCGCAUCUAUGACAAGGACACUGAUCAGAACUGGCGAAGCUACUUACGCAAAGGAGGCGUGAUGCCUGUGCACUCGGUUGAGCUAGGGCACUUGAUUCUUCUCAAUGUUCACAUCCAAGAUACACCCUUCAAGCAAAGCGAGUUUGCCAUCAUCAAUACAGAUGGGAACUCUGACUUCGACGUGGAAAACCGUCUCGUACUCAGAGACUCGAUGGAUCGCAAGCUUGACUUGAGAUUGAACUACGUGCGUCAUCCAGAUGGGGGAGGCUCCUUCAAGGUGCAGAUCUACUGUCCAUACCUCCUAGUCAACAAGACUUCGUUGCCUUUUGCUGUGAGACCUGGAAGAUCAAGUCGUAUAUCCAGUGCACAAGAUAUGGCAGGCGAAACUAGAGCCGAUGUGUUGUCGAAACCCGUACCAUUCAUGUUGUCACAUCCAAGCGAUCAAGGGAAAGAUUUCGCCUUCAAGGUCGGUGAUUCAACGUGGUCUCAAGUGGUAGCUCUCGAAGCGCCUGCGGCAGACACGAGGCUUGUCAUCCCGUCUCAAAGUCGGAAGUCGGAAGAGAUCCAAGUCGGCCUUUCGUGGUCAGAAGGUGUCGGCAAGUACAAGCUAACGAAGGUCAUUGUCCUAAGUCCACGGUUCAUCAUCAAAAAUAACAGUCCAGAGGCGAUCGCUUUCCGCGAACACGGCGUCGCGCCUAGAGGAAAGUACGAGCUGAAUUCCGGAGAGCGCUCUCUCACCGUGGCAUACCCUGGUCUGAAUGCGCAAUGGUCCGCCCCAAUCAAUAUGGAGGACAUCGGCUCCAUGCAUUUCCGUUUGCAGAAGCCUGGGGGAGUAUCAACCCUGAUGCGCACGGAUGUGCGAAUGAAUGGGUCCAGUAUCUUCAUCUUCAUCACCGACGCAUCCGAGGGCUGGCCUUUCACGAUCGAGAAUGACAGUGAUUUCGACUUCACGUUCUCUCAGACGGAUCAGACACGGACCGGACAGGAGCCCGCCACGAAGACCUAUCCAACUUACACGGUGCCGCGAAAAUCAAGCGUUGACUAUGCAUGGGAUUUCCCUGCCGCAAGGGACAAGAAAAUCAUUCUUGCCGUCAAUGAUCAUCGCCGUGCUGUCGACAUCAUGGAAUUGGCGACCUUGUGCCUUUCCGCUUCAAAGUGGGAUCGUCAAGCUGUGCGCGCAGUGUCGCUCGAUGUUCGGGCUGAUGGCCAUAAGCAAGUCCUACGGGUCACCAACUACAAUCCAGCGCAAAGUCUCUACCGCCCGAAGCGCAGUAAUUCGGUGGCUCUCACCAGACAGGACACAAUGAGCAGUAGUCAAGAUGUCUUCGAGGCGGUGCAAGAAGAAGUGCAACCAUCUUUACUUGUGGCGCUGGAUUUUGAGGGUAUUGGAGUCUCACUCAUCAACAGGAAGAUGACGGAAGUUGUCUAUGUCUCGACUAACGCUCUCAAGUUCGAGUACGCAGAUAGCGCGGUCUCUCAGUCCGUCAAUCUGUCUUGCGGCAGUCUCCAGAUCGACAACCAGCUGCAUGACGCUCUCUUCCCCGUUGUCCUCCAACCAACGCCCAUAUCCAAAGAAUCGGUCGGUGUUGCGUCGCUACCAACGAUCCAGGGCUCGAUGAUCUGGCUGAAAGACCAACAGCAUGGUGUCUUCUUCGUCAAGUACUGUUCCAUUCUGCUACAAGCCCUCACCAUAGAGGCCGAUGAAGACUUUCUAUAUGCGUUGUAUGAUCUUACCCAGAUCAAGGGCGCGUCUUGGGACCAGGGUCAAGAAGAUGUCCUCAUUCCAUUCCCCGAGGACAUCAAGGAGCCCGAUCUCUCUACGACGUCAGGUCAGGACCUGUAUUUCGAAGUGUUGGAGUUGCAGCCCAUCCGACUGGCUAUAUCCUUCAUGCGCACUGAACGUCUGAACUCCGAGGACAAUCUCAGUAUACGAAACCCUUUCGCCGUGGUCAUCAAUGCCAUCACAAUGGCUAUUGGUAACAUUAAUGACGCACCGUUGGAGAUGAAUGCAUUGGCAAUCAAGGAUAUGCGCCUGACCCUGCCAGAUCUGCAGGGGAGGAUAAUGCACCACUAUCGACAAGAAAUCUUACGCCAAUUGUAUCGCAUCCUCGGAUCAGCCGACUUCAUCGGCAACCCCGUUGGCUUGUUCAACAAUGUCAGCUCUGGCGUGGCUGAUAUCUUCUACGAGCCCUUCAAUGGUGCUGUCAUGCACGGAAACUCCGAACUAGGUGUUGGUAUUGCCAAGGGUGCUGCAAGUUUUGUGAAGAAGACUGUCUUUGGGUUCUCGGAUAGUAUGACCAAGUUCACGAGUAGCGUUGGCAAAGGACUUUCUGCCACCACGUUCGACCCCGAGUAUCAGCUACGUCGACGAAUGAACCAGAGACGAAAUCGGCCUCGUCAUGCGAUCUAUGGCGUAACUUCUGGGGCGGAAGCAUUUGCGAGCAGUGUAGCUAGUGGCAUGGAGGGUGUUCUGCUGAAGCCGUUGGAGGGCGCAGAAUCGGAAGGAGCAGGAGGAUUCUUCAAAGGCGUGGGGAAAGGGCUCAUCGGCGCUGUUACGAAGCCAGUCAUUGGUGUGUUCGACCUGGUCUCGAACGUCAGUGAAGGGAUUCGGAAUACUACGACCGUCUUCGACAAUCCAGCCCGAGAUCGCGUAAGAAUGCCGCGUCUCGUACCUUCUGAUGGGGUCCUGGUGCCGUAUUCCGAGCGAGAGGCCCUUGGCCAGUAUUGGUUGAAGGACCUGAACAACGGAGCCUAUCGACAGGAACCCUAUGUAGCGCACAUGAAUCUUCCUGGCAGCGACAAUGUCGUGUUGUUGACAACGACAAGAGUACUGUCGUUCUGGUCGAACAAACUCCGGUUGGAUUGGGAAUUGCCUUUCACAUUCGUCCAAGGCGUGACAAUUGAAGACACCGGCAUUCGAUUUGCUCAUAAGUCGGGUAAGGAUCACGACAAGUUUGUCUUUAUCCCGGACAAAAAUUCGCAGUCAUGGUUUUUCGGACAAGUUGCCACAGUAGUGAAGGCGUUCAACGCCAGGAGGCGAAUGGACUCGUAG